AUGGCAGUCACAAUCCAAGCUCCAAUCAUUCCUGGACUUCAUACUCCUCCUACCAUUGAGGAUUUGAAUUUGUCAUCGGCAGUGUAUAAUCUACUCCCAGAUGAUGCUGACCAACCUGUUGUGCAACACAUUCAUCUGCAAGAGCUAGCAAGCCUAUUCAAGCGCUUCAAUGUGCAGAAAAAAUUCGGGAUGCACCUUAUUCACGGACAUUUCCAACUUGAUGAAGGCAGCGUCAUGCUCGGCACUGCCCUCACGUCUCUCCGUGGGUACUGGACAAGGCCCACCAGCAUCGCUAAGAUAGAGCCUGCUGACAUCCAUGGACACAUUUUCACUCUAACGGAAAGUGGAGAGAUGCAGGCAUACGAAUAUCGGGACGGGCCUGUUCCCAAUCUGGAAGGAAUUGAUCCGACAUUCUUCCUAGAGUUGAUCAAGUAUCUUCAGGCUAAUAAUUUGGCAAGCCUUCUUGGGCUUGAAAUUCUCGGAGCAGAAGUCCCGGAUAUGAUGUGCGAGUUUAUACUUAAGGGCAAUGGAACUGUCAUAUUGGAUGCGAGGGAGCUUAAAAAUUGGAGCUCCUAUCGCUCUACGGGUUUCGCCCUGAAGAAACCAGGCAUGACUGAACUCAAAGGCAACCAAACCCACGCCAAGACGGUCAGGGAGACUCAUCAGGUUUUUACUGAUGGAAAGAUCGAGACGGAGGAUCCUCUUUUGGAUGUUCUUCGCGCUGAGGAUGUAGUUCACUGA